AACUGUUCUGGCAACAAGACAAAAGCCCCACCUUAUGAAAUCACAGCUCAGCCUUUUGAUAUGUAACAACCUUCACAGCUUGUUUCACAGUUACUCUCGGAAGACUGCAACAUGGCUGCGAUGUACAGCAAUGUGACAACUGAGAACUACUCCGAGUACGAAAACAUACCGAACGGCAAGUACUCAUUCUGCAGUAAUAUCAAAUUAAAGGCCUUCAGCCGAGUCUUCCUACCUACCCUUUACAGCAUUGUCUUCGUUGUGGGAUUCAUUGGAAAUGGCCUGGUGGUGUGUGUUCUGGUCAAAUAUCACAAAAAGUCCAACAUGUCAGAUCUGUGUCUCUUCAACCUGGCUAUUUCAGACCUCCUCUUCCUGAUCUCAUUGCCUUUUUGGGCUCACUACGCUGCCAUCUCUAAGUGGAGUUUCGGGAGCUUCAUGUGUCAUGCAGUGACAGCACUGUACAUGCUGGGAUUCUAUGGAAGUAUCUUCUUUAUGAUUCUCAUGACCGUUGACCGCUACGCUGUCAUUGUCCACACCUACACUUCCCUCUUCUCCAAGCACCGGUCUGUCAGAUCUGGCAUAGCCCUGGCUUUGUUUAUAUGGGCACUUAGCUCGGGAGCUUCUCUGCCAACCAUCAUUUUCUCCAAAGUGAAGAAUGAAUCAGAUGGUAGUAGAUGCAAGGUGGAAAAUCCUGAAGGAUCAGCGUGGGAGUCCUUCUCUUACAUCGAACUGAACAUCCUCGGUUUGAUCAUUCCUCUCUCAGUGAUGGUGUUCUGCUACUCGCGCAUCAUCCCCAUCUUAAUGACGAUGAAAUCUCAGAAGAAACACAAAGCUGUCAGGCUAAUGCUGGUCUUGGUUACUGUUUUCUUCCUCUCCUGGAUGCCCUACAACAUCGUCAUCUUCCUGAUGUUCCUGAAACAAUUGGGCUACAUGACAGGCUGUGAUUGGGAACAGGACCUGCACAUGGCUAUGCAGUGGGUGGAAACCAUAGCAUUCAGUCACUGCUGCCUCAACCCCAUAAUCUACGCCUUUGUGGGGCAGAAAUUCAAGAAUUUAUUUCUAAAGAUCCUGAACGAGUGGUUUCCUCUUUGCUUUGGUCGAUGCACAGCAACUGAAACGAUGUUCUCAGAGAGUCGGAGCUGUAAGUCCUCACGCUGGACAAGUAUCAGUACAAAGACAAAAUCAAAACAGUAAUUGUUAUCACAUAUCACCAACGCCUAUUUCAGCUUGUUAAAGUGAAUAAUUUAUGCAUAUUUUAUAUGUUUAUACAUUCUGAAUGAGCAAUGAGUUCAUUUUCAAAAUAUAAUCUACCGAGAAUAUGUAAUCACAUCAUAGUAACUAAUAUAUCUCAUUAUGUCUCUUUUGUAUUUGACUUGUAUUACUAUUUGUAAAAUGCACCGGUGUAUAGUGUCAUUACUAUUGCAACCCAAAGUGGAUUGUAUUACUAGAAAAUAUUCAACUUUUGUGUCACCUGUUAAAGACAGAACAACAACCAACACGUUGCAUUACAUAAUGAAUAAAAUACUUGAAAGCAUGUUAUAUAUUAUAAGGCUCUGGAUCCACUGUGACCCUGGCCACGAUAAAGCACUUAUUGAAGAUUAAUAAAUGAAUCCUUCAUAAACCCUG